UCACCUGUCACCUACUCAAUUGCCGUUUAUUUCAUUCAUUUCCCCGCCCUCGCUUGGAAGACGCCUACUGUGUCCGCGUACCGCUGAUCGUCCUCCACUAUUCUGUCUUCUUACGACCUCCCUCGCCAUGCAUCUGGCGAUGCUGUGAAGAAAAGGCACAGGCGGGAAUCAGCGGAUGGGAGCUGAGAAUGAUGUCCUCUUACUACCAUCCAGCCAAGGAGGCAGACAUGGCGGCCAUGGCGGAGCCGCUCUGCCUAGAAAGAGAUGUGUGCAGAGUGAUUGAGUUGUUGGACAGGUUGCAGCGCAGAGGUGAGCUGCCUCCGCCCAAACUUCAGGCCUUGCAAAGAGUCCUGCAGAGCAAAUUCUGUGCCGCCAUCAGAGAGGUAUAUGAGCAGCUGUAUGACACCCUGGACAUUGUCGGCGGACCAGAGGUGCGAGCCCAGGCAACAGCCAAGGCCACAGUGGCGGCCUUUGCAGCCAGCGAGGGCCACGCCCACCCACGGGUGGUGGAGCUGCCCAAGACAGAAGAGGGGCUGGGCUUCAAUAUAAUGGGGGGCAAAGAACAGAACUCCCCCAUCUACAUUUCCAGAGUGAUACCUGCCGGCGUGGCUGAUCGCCAGGGGGGGCUGAAGAGAGGAGACCAGCUACUGUCCGUCAAUGGAGUGAGUGUGGAGGGCGAGCACCAUGAGAAGGCUGUGGAGCUGCUGAAGGCUGCGCAGGGCUCUGUCAAGUUGGUGGUGCGCUACACUCCCAAGGUCCUCGAGGAAAUGGAGGCUCGCUUUGAGAAGAUGAGGACGGCCCGGAGACGACAGCAGCACACAAGCUACUCUUCUCUGGAGUCCAGGGGCUAAUGGAGCCAACGCCUUUGUCCACAUCAUUAUCCAUCCUACCUGAUGCUUGUGUCCCUGUUGGAGGCAUGUCCAUCGAUGAGAAGUAGAAAACCAAAGUAGCCUACUAACGCCUGCUACCUGAAAAGAAGCCAAAACACUGCAGUUUGGCUUUGUUCCUGUCCCCCUUCUCCCUAUUUCUUAGAAUCGUACAGAGGUGCGUGUAGGGUCCAAUCCUGUGGUGUGAAAUCUUCUCCAGUGUCCAAACCACAGAAGGGCAAGGUCUUACAUAGAUAUACAGUAUAUGAUACUUAAAGCAAAACUGCACUUUUUUUGGAAUUUUGCCUAUCUUCCACAACCCUUAUUUCCUUUUUCUGUGCGUUCUAAAUAGAGAAAACAAGUUUGCAUGAGGGAGCAAACAAUGCACGUCAUUGGACUAUAAAGCCCUAAAAAAAAAAAAAAAAAUUACAUAACUGGCGUGUACAUUAACCAAGCUACAGCGAUACUGUUAGAGUAACACAAUGCCUCAAGCCACUGCCGACAGUUGACGGGCUCAGUCCAAAUCAGUGAGAUAAGACAUCAAUCUGUACAACAGACAACCAAAUUAUUGGUAAAGUAGUGCAGCAGAAACGCUCCACAUUUAUUCCACCGAAUCAUGCCGGUUUUGACACGCUCACUGAUUGUCUGCUGCGACGUUCUACUUUCUCUUCUUGCCAGUUCAGCUAUUAAAACCUGUAGCUCAUCCUCCGUAUAGUCAGGAUUUGUCCAAAGCUAAUCGUUGUCAGCACAAAGUCGGCCAUGAUGAGUAAUAGCAAUCACACACACUCUUUCUAUGCUGCUGUUGGACGGAAGUAACAUUGGUUCCUAUGGGCUUUGUGAAAUCAAAGCGCCUAGGAAAGAAGUUCCUGCAGUGUUUAAAUGAUCCAAAUUACAUGUUAUCAUGAAUGUACCUGAAAAUGCUAAAAUGUUGUUCGAGGGCUUUAUAGCCAAUAAAGGUGUGUCCCAUUUCGUGCGUUAUUAGCUCCCUCAUGCUUACUCGUUUUCUGUUUUUAGAACACACAGAAAAGGGAAAGAAAUAUGUGUUCAUGUUUGAUGUAAGAAUUGUGGGUGAUGGGCAAAAUUCCCCCCAAAAGUGCAGGUUUCCUUGAACUACAUCCUAGUGUUUCUAUUCUUGUGCAUAAGUAUGUGGUACGCUGUGAGUAGUCUUGAGAAAGUAUUUGGAAACAGACACUUUAGACACUUUAGCCUUCAAGACCAUUUCUGUGACCUAGGUCCCACCCCCCCAUAGAGGGCUGACCAUGAGCAUUACGACAAACUACACUCAACCAACGCUACAUUAGUCCUUAGACUUUCUCUUAUGUAUUAGUGUUGUUUACUCAUGAAAUAAACUCCCAAGUCAAACGCU